GUCUAUGUGCCACCCAGCGCCGCCAACGGGGACGUGAAGCCGGUGGUCUCCACAACGCCGCUGGUGGACUUCCUCAUGCAGCUGGAGGACUACACGCCCACGAUCCCAGACGCUGUCACGGGUUAUUACCUCAACAGAGCAGGAUUUGAGGCCUCUGAUCCACGCAUCAUUCGUUUGAUCUCUCUGGCCGCACAGAAGUUUAUUUCUGACAUUGCCAACGAUGCACUGCAGCACUGCAAGAUGAAGGGAACAGCCUCAGGCAGCUCCCGCAAUAAGAGCAAGGAUAAGAAGUACACGCUGACCAUGGAAGACUUGACACCAGCACUUGCGGAAUAUGGCAUCAAUGUGAAAAAGCCACAUUACUUCACAUAA